AUGUCGCUCUCAGCAGCUCCCCGAUCAGCUACAACAACAAUAACAACAACUUCGGCGGACCCAGCUUCGCCUCCAAACAUCACCCCGCACCGAAGGCUUUCGCGUAAAAGAAUUCCUUCACCUCCUCGUAAUGCCGCCUUUGAGAGCUCCCGUGUGCCACAGCUUUCGCUACACACUUACCCGAGCACAAGCUCAUUAGCUGACCUCUAUACUUCACAUGGGCGGAUGACACCGGGUAGACGCUCUCCAGUUGGUUCACGAUGUUCCUCGCGUGGUGGUGCCAAAAUUGGUUUUGACAGCGGGGAUGAAUUGCAGAUGCUCACUGCCAUUAUUCCGGCUUCGCAAGCCAAUAUCAAUCUCCCACCAACACCACCAUCAGGAAGUGGGGGGGAAGGUGAUGACGAUGAGGGUGGCGUGCCACUGUCUCUUGAUUUCGAUGGAGUCUUUGGGACGUCCCCAAGGAAUCGUAGGGUAUUGAGAAGAGUCAAGGCCAACAUUCAUGAGGUCUCCCCAUCACAGUCCAGUUCAGCCCCCAUGUCAGCUGCGUCUGAUUCUACCACCACUCUAAGCUCGCCGCCAACGCCGCCGAAGGAGCAAGCCAUAAUGGCUUUGCACCAUCCGAGACCUCUAUCAAAGAGUCCGAAGAGCGCCUAUUUCCAAGACAGUUUACUGGUAGCUGCACAGAUGCAACAGGCCAUGGAAAGUGGUAUAGAUGCAUACCAUCGUGGAGUUGGUUUGAGUGGAGAUUAUCACACUGUGGAUCAACCCGACCCGCGCUUUGAAAGUGAUGAAAGGGAUGAGGAGCCAUUUGAGGUUAGGAGGGCAGAAUCAAUCAAAGUUACUAAGGCAGAAUCAAUCAAGGUCAGAAAGGUCGAGGAGCUGGAGAUGAAGAGGGCUGAGGAAAUCGAGGCUGGGACUGGAAAGGUGGAGGAGCCCGAGACUGGCAGGAUAUAUGUGCAACUUGAACCAAACAUGUCAGAGCAGCUUGAUGAUAGAGAUAAUGCACCAGUUCAGGUCAGCACAACGCCGGAUUCAAUUGAGCCCAGCAAAAUCGAAAAGGAAGAACCAUCACAGCAACCAUCCAGUCAUAGCCGUAGCUUGGAGCCCGGAGAGCAACUACGAUUGGCAGCAUCGACACCCCUACUAGAGGCCGUUGUCUUUUCUGAAUCAGAAUUCGAUACAGCUACGGAAGGAGAUGAGGAUGACGAUUAUGCAUAUGGUGGAUCAGAUGCAGGAACUAUAGUUAUAAAGCUCCAAACAACUGUUCAGGAACAGAAAUUACGGGAAGAGGAGGAGGUUAGAAGACAAGAGGAUGCUACCAAAAGACAAGAGGCAGAGGAGGCCAACCGCCGAAAAGAGGAAGCCAACAGGCUAGAAGAAAUGGCUAGACAAGAGGAGCUUGCUAGACAAGAGGCGGAAAAUAAUGCGGAUGAAAGUGAAGACGAAGAGCUACCUCAGCAUCCGAUCAUUGGCAAAGAAGGACGGAAGCCUACACCCUGGCCAACACCCCGGGUCAAUUCCUAUGCGUCAUCUUUAGACAUAGAUAGAAGAGCUGAAACGGGCUCCCCGCUUAGUGAAGACGGGGAUCUGGAGUUUCACGAUGCUCUAUCAUCUCCUCUUGCUUCUCCUAUAAUCACGCCUCGCGAAGAGGAACUGGCACUGCCAAAUCUGACACCCCAGGUCACACCUAAAAAAAAGAGUGAAUUCGUGAUCUCGUUUGGUCCCACACCAACACGCUCCAACCCUGGGGAUCCAUCGCCAUCGACCAACUCAGUGCUUCCGCAACUCCCCCAGAAUCCAUCUCCACCUGGACCACCGGUAUUAAAUAUUAUUCCUGCAACCCCCAUGCCACUCAUGUCGCCUAGCGCUAUGCAGGAGAAACAGCUAGGUCACUCAAUGCCGCUUCUGGAGCGAAGAUCAACAGAAAUUCCCACACUUAUCACUACCUCACCGACUCUUCCCCUUGCGGCCCCGCUUGUACCACCAAGACUUAAGAAAGCUCAACGUCCAUCGCUACUUUCCCAGCCGAAACGUAUGCGGGAAUCCAAAUUGCACCCCUGGUGGCGCCCUCGUAUUGAGAAUGCUGAGGAUGAAGGAUUGUCUCGAUCAUUCACUACACAAACACAGGCUUCUGAGUACUCGGUUUCUAACAGUGGUGUGCCUGGGAAGCCUGAUGGGAAACGUGGGGGAAGAGUUACAAAGAAGAUUAAGGGAACAAAAUUUCAAAUUGAAUUUAUUGGCCUGGGGACUCUGAGGGAAAAAGUUAAAGUUGCUGGAGAGAAAACCAGUGGGUUGGGGAGAAGAAUGUCCUUGAGGAAAAAGGCGUAG